GCCCGUGGAACUGUCUCGUCAAUUCCAGACGAAGACAGUAAGGAUGAUGAUGUCUUUUUGGCCUCACACCAUCAGCCAACAUCAUCCACACUAGUCGUCAGACUCCUCAAAACACAGGAAAACGAUGUAGAAAAUUUGGCAUGGAGCGUUUAGCCUGAAAUAGCCAUCGGCAUAAAGCCAUUUUUGUAUUUGUGUGUGUGUGUGUGUUUUUUAUUUUCUCAUCUCCUUUUUCUUUUUUCCUUUUAUCUUCUCAUUUUUUCUUUUUUAAUUGCUUUAUAUAUCUGCUCUAGAUAUAAAAUAUUGCCUGAUGAGUUUUAUUUUCAAAUAAAACGAAACGCGUCGCAAUAAACAAAAAUUUUAUUUUCUAUGGCACCACGAAUAAUAAUAUAAGCAAGCAUAUAUAUAUAUAUACUUAUAUAUAAAAUACAAAAAAUAGUUGAAGUGUUUUUUAUACAAAAAACAUUCAACCGUAUAAAUUAAAGCUUUAAGUUGGGUUCAAGGAGUCUUAAGCCAAGGCACUUGUUCUCGUAUCACUCUUUAUCUCUGCUAAUAUCAGUCAGAAACGCGUCUAGUAACAGUUUCUGUUUGUUAUUCACCAAGGAACAGAAACUGCUUGAAGUAUGUAAACUCUGUUUCUCGUAUGAAUGAAUUUAUGUGAAUAAGAAUGUUUUUCAAGAAGAACGUGGCACUAAUUGCCCAAUGAGUGGAAUGCAACAAAACAAACUGUUUUGUCGCAUAAAUACUCUACUCUCAUUUCAUUAUUCAGAAAUAUUGGCUUGUAACAGAAAAUCAUACAAAGGCAGUUUUUCCGUACACAAAUAAGAAGGAUCAAAUAUCGUCGAGAACAAUGAUGAAGAAGCAGUUAUUGUUGAUUUUAAUUUGGUUGUUGUAAGUAGCUUUAUUUGACAGCAGAAAUUUUUAGUUUCUUAGCUAUUGGCGUAUUUUUUCAGGACACUGGCAGAAAUAGCGACAGCUGCUGCUGCAACAACCAGAACAACAGAAAAAACAACGACAAAAUUGCCGACGACAAAGACAACAACGAGAGCAGCAACAACAACCACUAUGACCACAACUACAACCACUACGACGACGACCACCACUACAACAACAGCAUCAACAACUACCACUGCCACCACCACAGUUCAGCAGAUUUGUUCUUCUGCUACAUGGAAUUCAAAUGGAACAACUCUUCCAAUCGCUAAUGUAACUGCUCCAGAGGACGUUGGUGUUGAUAGUCGACAAAAUCUAAUUGUCUACAGUGGCGGUCACUUAUUGAAAUAUUUCAAUAACGGCACAACCGUCUCAUUGUUAUCCGGACUGACGGGUGGUUAUUUAUUUAUUGAUCAGCAUGAUAAUAUUUAUUUUAGUGACGGAGAGAAUAAUCGUGUACUACUGUUAAGUUUCAAUGGUUCAGUGACAACAGUCGCGGGUAACGGUACCUUCAACGGUUCUGGACCUCCUCAGUUCGCCUUUCCAGAGGGCAUUUAUGUUGAUAAAAAUGGUUCCGUCUACGUUGCUGAUAGCAAUAAUAACCGAGUAGUUAAAUGGUUGGCAGGUACAACUCAAGUUACUGUUGUAGCUGGUGGAAACGGAUAUGGAAAUCAGUCAAAUCAACUUUCGUAUGCCAUGGGCAUUUUUGUUGAUGAAAUCAAUGAUGGAGCAGUUUAUGUGUGUGAUACAUACGCCAACAGAAUACAGAAAUGGUUGCCGAACGCAACUGCAGGUACAACUGUUGCCGGAGGUAACGGUAAUGGUUCAGCUUUAAAUCAACUAUAUAUGCCCACCGCAAUUAUUUUCGAUCCAAACACCAAAAUCAUGUUUAUAUCGGAUUAUGGCAAUAAUCGUGUAUUAAAAUGGUUAGUAGGAGCGAGUUCAGGUACGGUUCUUGCGGGUGGAAAUGGUACGGGAAAUGGAACUAAUCAGCUGAACACUCCAAAUCAAUGCGCAUUUGAUUCAAAGGGGAAUUUCUAUGUGGCAGAUUAUGGAAACAACAGAAUACAAAAGUUUGCCUUUAAUACAUCGUCGUGUCCAGCCCAGCAUGGUUAA